UACAAUGAGUGCACCAAAUAAAGCUCUAGAACUACAGCUGCAAAUGAAGCAAAAUGCUGAAGAGCUGCAAGAUUUUAUGAGAGAAUUGGAGAGCUGGGAAAAAGAUAUUAAAGAAGUGGAUUCUGAACUAAGGAAACAGAGUGGUGUCCCAGAAGAGAAUUUGCCACCAAUUCGAAACAAGGCCUUUAAGAAAAAGAAGAAAAGCAAAAGUAAAGUCCCUUCAAAAAUAACCACUGAGGAGAACAAGAAAAACAAGAUCAAGUCUUAUGAUUAUGAAGCCUGGGGAAAACUUGAUGUGGAUAAAAUACUUGAAGAACUUGAUAAAGAAGAUAGUACUCAUGAUUCUUUAUCUCCAGAAUCAGACUCUGAAGAAGAUGGAAUCCGUAUAGAUGCAGAAAAGGCUCUUGUAGAGAAGGAAAAGGGCAAUAACUACUUUAAACAGGGGAACUUUGAUGAAGCUAUAAAGUGCUACACUAGAGGGAUGCAUUCUGAUCCUUACAAUCCAGUAUUGCCCACAAACAGAGCAUCGGCUUUUUAUAGAAUGAAAAAAUUUUCUGUUGCAGAAUCUGACUGCAAUUUAGCACUUGCUUUAGAUAAAAAUUACACAAAGGCUUAUGCAAGAAGAGGAGCUGCUCGCUUUGCUUUGAAAAAUCUUCAGGGUGCUAAAGAAGAUUAUGAGAAGGUUUUAGAGCUGGAUGCAAGCAACUUUGAAGCAAAAAAUGAACUGAAGAAAAUAAAUCAGGCUCUAUUGUCAAAUGAAAGUUCAGAGAAGAAAGAGUUUGAAGUUGCAGUCAGACCAGAAUUAACAGAUGAAGAGAAGAAGCGCAUUGAAGAUGAGCAGCUUAAGCAGAAAGCUAUUACAGAAAAAGAUCUGGGUAAUGGUUAUUUCAAAGAAGGAAAGUACGAGGCUGCUAUAGAAUGUUAUACCCGUGGUAUAGCAGCAGAUGGCACCAAUGCGCUUCUGCCAGCUAACAGAGCCAUGGCCUACCUGAAGAUUGAAAAAUAUGAAGAGGCAGAAACAGACUGUACACAAGCUCUGCUCUUAGAUGCCUCCUAUUCUAAAGCCUUUGCCAGAAGAGGAGCUGCCAGAGUUGCUCUUGGAAAGCUAAAAGAAGCUAUGCAAGAUUUUGAAGCUGUUCUGAAGCUGGAACCUGGAAAUAAACAAGCAAUAAAUGAACUCACUAAAAUAAGGAAUGAGUUAGCUGAGAAGGAACAGCAGACUCACCAGGAAUAUCCUGCAGUAUUGAUAAAAGAAACGGAAAUAAAAAACAUAGUGAAACUGAUUGAUAAUCCAUUACACGUGAAAUCAACAAAGCCUUUGCGAAGAAUAGCUAUUGAGGAAGUUGAUGAUGACACACCAGAGAGUGAUAUGCCCAGCACUACUUCUUUAAUCAAUAACUGGAGGAAUUCAAUGAGUGUUGAAACAAGAGAAAAUCUAGGUCAGGAUGAUCAAUUGACUACAAUGGACAUUCCAAAAGCAAAGCACUUGAAAAUAGAAGAAAUCAGUGAUACAUCACCAUUGCAGCUUCCUGCUAGUGGGAAAGGAAGUUCAUCAAUGUUUUAUCCAUCUUUCCCUGCGGACAAACAAAGGGAAAAUGAAAUCAGAAGGUCAUUGAGCCCUGCUUCUCCAGUCCCUGCUGUUCCUGCAAAUUCUUUCCAGCUUGAGUCUGACUUCAGGAAGUUGAAAGACUGCCCGGAAAACAUGUACUUAUACCUGAAGCAAAUAGAGCCUUCACUUUAUGCAAAACUGUUCCAGAAAUCCUUAGAUCCAGACUUGUUUAACCAGAUACUGAAAAUUCUACAUGAUUUCUACAUUGAGAAAGAGGAGCCAUCACUCAUCCUUCAAAUCCUCCAGAGGCUAUCUGAAUUAAAAAGAUUUGAUAUGGCAGUAAUGUUUAUGUCAGGCUCGGAGAAAAAAAUUACACAAGUAUUGUUCAAUCAUAUGAAGCACAUGGGAUUGAAAGAUCCUUCUGUUGGAGAAUUGGAGAAGAAAUAUGGCAUUUUCUCCUAGUGCAAUUACUGAUGCAUAAAUACCUAUUUCUGCAUUUCUUUCACGUGGAAAUCAUCAGAAGACUACAAAGACUGGAAUUUUGUUACUUUUGUAUGAAUAAUGAAACUCUUAAACUUGAUUUAGCCAGAUGGC